AUGACAACACGUUCCACAUCCUCUACGACUCCACAUCCCCAAACUCCCCCCUCGCCAAACCUAAGCAACGAUGACUCGAUUGAGUCUAAUAUUUCCUAUUCAGACACAACAAUGCUACAAAAAAUAACCAAAACUCUGGAUUUUUCCUCCGCGCUCAAAGCUAACAAUAACACCAGCACCCCCAACCCUCCUCCCACUUCCUCCUCCAACAACACCAACACCAACACUCAACAAACAUUCAACCUAAGAUCCCUCCCAACCAAAUACAGAUCCCAGAAAGAACUCUACAACCUCAUAAAUACCCAUGAAAUCCUAAGAAACCAAAUCCUAUUUUCAAAAGCCAACCUCAAUCAAACGGCACUGCUUGAAACAAACUCAAACAUAACACAAUCACAACUCGAAACUAAACUCAAAAACGCAACCAGAGAGAACUCAAUCCGCGUAAUCCUCCUGAACCCCAGAAUCCUUCCAAAUAAAAAACCGACAACCACUAGGAAUCCCACGUUCUCUAUGGUGAUUAAGGGUGUCCCCAAAGACAUCACCAUGGAGGACCUGGGAGAAUCCUUUAAAGGAAUUAGUUUCUCAACAAUAAAAUUCUGGAGAAUCACCUCUCGGGCAACCAACCAACCCACAACCCUAAUCAGAGUCAUCACUGACGUCUUGGGGACCUUCAGCGGAAAUACGCGACGAGGACCCUGGGGGGCGACAAUGAGGCAGCAAUUGCCACAUUGA